CUAAUGAAGAUUACUGUGAAGCAAAUCUACCCAAUAAUCCUUCCUUGACACCAUCAGUGGGGAGAAAUAGCAGAAGUGGAUUAAGAUAGGCUUUGUGUGACGGAUUGUUUUUGGUAAAGUUACUGGCUUUGCUUUCUCUUAUUCACCCUGGAUUAGAAAAUAUCUUCCCUCAUGUGGGACCUUUUCUGAACAGAAAGACAGCUAUUCCUCUUUCAUAACUUUUUCCUCAACACCCCCACCCAAGGAUAAAACAAAACAAUGGAAGUUAAAGUGAUUUGAUAAAUCUAUACCAUAAAUUUAAAUUUCCCUGAGUCUUGUCCUUUUCUAAGCCUUGAAUGUGACACGGAUACAUGAAGAUGGGGAAUGAUUCAACCGUGACCAAAUUCUUUCUGGUGGGACUUUCCAAAUACCCAGAGCUCCAGCUUUUUCUGUUUGUGCUCUGCCUCAUCAUGUAUGUGAUAAUUCUGCUGGGAAAUAGCCUCCUCAUUGUCAUCAGCACAUUUGAUUCUCGCCUCCACACCCCCAUGUACUUCUUCCUUGGGAACCUCUCAUUCUUGGACAUCUGCUACACAUCAUCAUCCAUUCCCCCGAUGCUUGUCAUAUUUAAGUCUGAGAGAAAAUCUAUCUCCUUCAUUGGCUGUGCUCUGCAGAUGGUUGUCUCCCUUGGGUUGGGCUCCACUGAGUGUAUCCUCCUGGCUGUGAUGGCCUAUGAUAGGUAUGUGGCCAUCUGCAACCCACUGAGGUACCCCAUCAUCAUGAACAGGGUGCUUUAUGUGCACAUGGCUGCUUGGUCCUGGAUCAUAGGCUGCCUAAACUCCUUAGUGCAAACAGUCCUGACAAUGGUAUUGCCUUUCUGUGGGAAUAAUGUCAUUGAUCAUAUUACCUGUGAGAUCCUGGCUCUUCUUAAACUCAUAUGUUCAGAUAUCUCCAUCAAUGUGCUUAUCAUGACAGUGGCAAAUAUUGUUUUACUGGUGAUUCCUCUGCUGUUAAUUCUCAUUUCCUAUGUUUUUAUCCUCUCUUCCAUCCUGAGAAUUAAUUCUGCUGAAGGGAGAAAGAAAGCUUUUUCUACCUGUUCUGCCCACCUGACUGUGGUUAUCCUGUUCUAUGGUUCAGCCCUCUUUAUGUACAUGAAGCCCAAGUCAAAGGACACAAACACUUCUGAUGAGAUCAUUGGACUGUCUUAUGGAGUGGUAACUCCAAUGUUGAAUCCCAUCAUCUACAGCUUGAGGAAUAAAGAGGUGAAAGAGGCUGUGAAGAAAGUCUUGAGCAGACACCUGCAUCUAUGGAAAAUAUAAGAGGUCUUGAGGCAUGUGAUACCCUCCAUGUUGAGACCGGAUCAGAUCUUUUGUGUUCACAGAGGAAGUCAGAGAACCCAGUAUCAAGAGAACUUAUCUCCUAGUAAGUCCAAAUAUAGGACUUAUAUUCUUUUCAACACAGAAGUCUCAUGUAACCCUUCUGAAUA